AUGCGGCUUUUACAUUUUACGGACGAUGAGGAGCUGAGCCUGACGGCAGAUAUGUUCAACGACAGCAACAUUCCGCGUUAUGCCAUCCUUUCUCAUACAUGGGGAGAUGAGGAAGUCCAUUAUGAUGAUAUCGGUAACGUAAGAGGAAUGAUCAAGGCAGGAUAUGCAAAGAUACUGUUUUGUGCACGACGAGCCGCAGCAGACGGACUGCAAUACUGCUGGGUGGAUAGUUGUUGCAUCAACAAGUCAAAUAGCUCGGAGCACUCGGAAGCGAUCAAUUCUAUGUUCCGCUGGUAUCAGAAUGCUGAGCGAUGUUAUGUCUACCUUGUAGAUGUUUCUAGCGAUAGUCGAGAUGAAACAAGCGACUCGACUGGAGGCUGGGAGCUCGCCAUGAGGAGAAGCAGAUGGUUCACCCGAGGCUGGACUCUCCAGGAACUCAUUGCCCCAAGUUAUAUUGAGUUUUUUUCUAAGGAGAUGGACCGCUUAGGGGAUAGGAAAUCCCUUGAAGAGAUGCUUCAUGAGAUCACUGGGAUACCAAUCGAGGUCCUUCGUACGCGUUCGUUGAUAAAUUUCGGGAUAGAGCAACGAUUCUCAUGGGCGGCGAAGCGUCAAACGACAUAUGAAGAAGACAUGGCAUAUUGCCUCCUUGGUAUGUUCGACAUCCACAUGCCGCUUUUGUAUGGCGAAGGGAAGGAGACAGCGAUGAAGCGGCUUGGAAGGAUGGCUGAAAGUGCUACAGCAGGACCUACAGGUGUUCCACUCCAACAGAAAUUGUCUGGACUGAGACAGUGGCUAUCGGUCCCUAACCCUGCGACACAACCCCAGAGAGUGCUUCGAAGCCGCGGUCAAGGAACUUGUGACUGGGUACUUGACAGCCGCAAGUAUGUUAGAUGGAAGACGUCACCUGCGUCGAUCCUGUGGCUGUACGGUGUACCAGGAUCUGGUAAAACCAUGAUCAGUACCACGGUCCUCGAGGACGUUCUGCAGUCCUGCAGUCAACGCUCCGCUGGAGUGUCUGCGCACUUCUACUUCGACUUUAACGACGCGCAGACACAAGGUCCGGAUACGAUGUUGCGCUCUCUGAUAUGUCAACUGUCACAGAACUGUGCUCGAAUGCCACCAAGUCUUGACACACUCUUCGCCAUGCGUGACAGCAGACAAGACCUGCCGUCUCUUCAAACUCUCCUGGAAGCGCUCAAGCAGAUGAUGCUGGAAUUUCCGCAAGUUUUCAUACUCAUCGAAGCGCUCGAUGAGUGCACACAACGCCGAGAACUGAUGGAUGUGCUUGACAUAGUGGCUUGGUGGCAGCUUGACAACGUGCAUCUGCUCAUGACCAGCCGGAAAGAGCGGGAUAUCGAGAGCUCUUUAGAAAGCUAUGUCAAGGAGGAGAACACUAUCUGUCUCCAGAGCGCAGUGGACAAGGACAUACAGCGCUACGUUCAACAAAGACUGGGUGACGACAAGGGCUUGGCAAAAUGGAACAAGGACGCUGCUGUGAGGCAAGAGAUCGAGGCUGCACUGAUGCGCGGAGCCCACGGAAUGUUCCGAUGGGCUGUGUGUCAGCUUGACACGUUAGCAAAGUGUCGCAAUCGAGCGAUGCUGCGUAAGUCGCUUGCCACUUUGCCGCAAAUGCUGGACCAGACGUAUGACCGCAUUCUCACUGCUAUCAGCGAAGAAGACUGCGAUUACGCGAUGCGCAUUCUGCAGUGGCUGACGUUCUCUGCGCGGCCGCUGUUAGUCGAAGAGAUCGCCGAAGUCGUCGCUAUCGACGUGGCGCGCGACCCAGCGUUCGACCGUGAUGAGAUGCUAGAAGAUCCGCUAGAAGCGCUGGACAUCUGCUCAAAUCUGGUCACUAUCAUACCAAAUUCUACCCAGCGUAUCAUUGCUCUAGCACACUAUUCUAUCCAGGAGUAUCUUGUAUCAGACAGGAUCAAGCAAGGGCAGGCAAAGCAGUACAGUAUGCAAGAGGCCAAAUGCCACAGCGCGAUAUUAAAAAGCUGUUUAGUGUACCUGCUCCAAUUACAGCAACCAUUGUCAGAGGAAACGCUGAAGGCAUCCGCAUUGGCAAGGUACGCAGCAGAAUUUUGGAGCAGCCAUCUUCAAAAUGUAGGAGAAGAGGCGGAUGAAGUGACACCAGUCGUGAUGAGUUUCAUGUCAAUGGACAAUCCGGCAUAUCUCACCUGGAUUCAGUUGUGUGAUCCGGACCAUCCUUAUAGAAAACCAGAUCUAGGUAAAAGCCUGGAAUGCGUAGCUACACCGCUGUAUUAUGCCGCAUUACUGGGCUUGAGCACGAUCACCAGACUGCUGCUAUAUCAAGGCGCCGAUGUCAACGCGCAGGGUGGAGAGUAUGGCAACGCACUGUACGCAGCUUCAGUCGAAGGCCACGAGCAGGUAGUCAAGAUGCUGCUCGACAAAGGCGCCGACGUCAACGCGCAGGGUGGAGAGUACGGCAACGCACUGUACGCAGCUUCAGUCGAAGGCCAUGAGAAGGUAGUCAGGAUGCUGCGUGAUGCAGGUGCUCAUCAACCCGAGGAAGACGGUACUGUGGCACGGCUCAAAUAG